AUGAAAAUUAUAGCAAUAUUAUCCAUAGUCCUUACUGUUAUAAAGUUGUCAAUAUCAAAUUGUUACUGGAGUGAAAAUUGUCAUUAUAAAUAUAUUUCAAGCAAAACACCAUACCAGUUUGUCAGAGGAGAUAUCAGAGAUUCAAUUGUUAAAUUAAAAGGUUGCGAACCAAUUAGUAUAUGGGGCUUAUUUAGACAUGGGAAAAGAUAUCCUUCGAAGAGUUAUGGAGGGAAAAUGGAAGAUGCGCUUGCUAUAAGAGAUUAUAUUAUUUCAAGUUAUGAAAAAGGACGUAGUUCUCUUUGCGCACAAGACAUAGAGAACUUGAAAAAUUGGGUCAUAGAUAAAAAAAUGUUUAGUGAGCCUAGGAGUCUUACUACGGAAGGUUAUGAAGAAAUGUUGGGGAUUGGAAAACGGUUCAAGCAAGCAUUCCCGGCAUUGUUGGAAAGUUUAGAAAAGGGUAGUAAUACUAUUCGUCCAGCAUUUGGAAUAUGGAUAGAAAAUAGUGCAAAAGCCUUCGUCAAAGGGCUUGGUAGUAAUAACGUACAUAUUGAAAAAGCUCUGUCUGAUUCGGAUGUAAUGGCUCCUUAUCUGACAUGCGGAAAGUAUCAAAUGGAUGUGCUACAUAACCAGAAUGUAUUUUCCGAGGCAGAAAAAUACAAAUUUAAUCCGGAUUAUCUUGCUGCUAAAGACAGAAUACAAAGAAGAAGCGGUAUUGAUUAUAUUCUCACCGACACAAACGUCACAGCUUUAUACGACCUCUGUCGCCAUACGUGGUCUGGAAGCGAAAAUAAACUCAGCCCAUGGUGUGCACUUUUCACUAAAGAUGAUUUGCAAAUUUUAGAAUAUAUAGAAGAUUUAAAAGCCUACUAUAAAAGCGGUUAUGGAGCACCUAAAAGUGAGGUAUUUGGCAACAUUCCAUUAGGAGACUUAUUCAAUAACUUCCGAAGAACUAAAGACGGCGGAAAAAAGAAAAUCACAGCAUACUUUACUCAUGCAACUAUGUUAGAGAUGGUCUAUACAUCACUGGGCUUAUUUAAAGAUAGUAAACCUUUGAGCAGUGCCAAUAGAGAACGUGAACGUAAAUGGAGAAGUAGUUUUAUGGCUGCUUUCGGUGUGAAUUUUGUUGCUGUUUUAAACAGAUGUGUGGACAACGAAGUGAGUGAUUACGCUGUCGUCUUCUACUUAAAUGAAGAACCUAUUCGAUCUAUCUGUGCAGAUGGAAUCUGUACAUGGAAAGAGUUCGAAGAUAAAUUCUCACCAUUCUUAAAUACAACUAUUGAUUUCUGCGAGUUUAGGUCUGAACCAUAUUAA